AUGUCUCCUGUUUUAAUUCCUUUUAAUUUUCCUUUUUUCUUUCCUUCCUUCAUUAUUUUCAUCCCACUUUUCAGGGUUUUUUUUUCAGUUUUGCUUUCUCCUUCUCUCUUUGUUUUAUUUAUUUUUACUUUCUUUCAUUUCUUUCUUUUGUUUUUUACUUCUUUUUAUUCAUUUUUCCUUUCUUUUUGUUUGUUUUCUUUUUUAUUCAUCUUUUCUUUUUCUUCUUUUUUCUUUCUUCUUUUUCUUCAUCUUUUCUUUUUCUUCUUUUUUCUUCUUUUUAUUCAUCUUUUCUUUUUCUUCUUUUUUCUUCUUUUUAUUCAUCUUUUCUUUUUCUUCUUUUUAUUUAUCAUUGCUUUUUAUCUUUCUGUCUUCUUCUUUCCAUUAUUUGUUUUCUUUUUUCUUUUUGCCUUUUUAUACAUCUUUCUUUCCUUAACUUCUUUUUCUCUUUGUUUCAUCUUUCCUUUCUUCCUGUUAUAA